CCAAUAGAAAUGCUUUGAACUGAUCUGAAAAAAAGCUGUAGCCAAGCAUUGCAUAUCCAAUUUGUCAGAGCUGAAGGAACUAUGCAAGACAGAAUUGGCUCAGAUUUCACCAACAAGAUGUAACAUACUGGUUAAGAGAUAUCAUUAAUGAAUGAAAGCCAUAAUAAAAGCAAUUGGAGGACCACAAAAUUCUUUAAAUGCAAUGUUUGAUUUUUGUGAUACCUUUUGAAAGAAGAACAAUCAACUUGUAGUACUGCUGUGAAAGGAAAGCACCGAUGAGCAAGCGUUAGAGAAUCAUGAGUAAAGUGGAGGACAAUCAGGUUCAGAUGAUACCAUGAAGAAAAGCUCACAGGUCCUCUAUCGCCAACUGCUUAAUGUGCUACUGAUCCUGGCACUGACAGAAGAGCUGAUAUCUGCUGUACAGGAACUGUAUCAGGGACCUAUCAAAGACCCGUCUGUCACUACGGCAAUGUUGAACAGGUCUAGAGCUCAUUCCUCCAGCAUACCAGGCAGUUCAGUCUGGCAACAAAACUCUAGCACAGAAGAAAAUAUUCAGGGAUACUAUGCCACUGAACUGUCAGACUCUGGCGCCAUUGAACCCACCCUAACUACCAACCUUGUGGGAAACAAAUUGACAACAGACCCUCUCCAGGGUAUUUCUAGCACAAGAGAGGAUGUCCAUGAGUCCCACUACACCAGUACUUCAAAUGCAGAACAUUUAAAAGAGAAGAUGCCCAAGUUGGAUAUACAGGGACCCACUGGAUCCCCACAGCCUUACGUUACCACUGAAUUGCAGCCUUCAUCUUCAAUAAGAAUGCUUGUCAGUCAUUCUUUGGCUAGUCCAGACCGUUCUGGCAUCCAUGCCGUUGCUUUGCGGGAAUUACCACAAAUCUUUAACGUUUCAAUUGCCAAUGGCCUUACAAGUGCAGGGCAAGAUGGAAGCUCAGAGGUCAUCCCAUUGGUUCUGCUUGAGACAGUAUCAGUGCCUUUUGAUUCUCCCUCUGACAAUGAUGUCUUAACUUUAAGCAGCUCUUUGACUGAUCAGCUGUCAGGUAAAUCCUUAAUAUUUGCAACUCCCACAUGGAAUGAGCCCCCAUCCUCACAAUGGCCUCAGAGUCCCUCUAAAGAACAGGCUAAUAUUUCAUUAACUACAUUGGAGAGUGAUACACAGGCAAACACAACUUUCAAUGGCAGUAUAAUGAGCACUGAUUUGGAUGACAUGGUGUCAUUGAAUGGGACCUUUGCCUCCACUACGGAAUCUGCUUCCACGGCAACAGGGAACUUCCUGAAUAGACAGGUGCCUGCGGUGACCAAGGGGCCUGGACUUCCUGGUAACCUCUCCCAUGUGACUGAAGUGGACAAGCCUCAUCAGAGAGCCAGCAUCUGUCUCAGCAAAGUGGACAUUGUUUGGAUUAUUUUGGCCAUCAGUGUCCCCGUUUCAUCCUGUUCAGUCUUAUUAACAGUGUGCUGCAUGAGGAGGAAGAAGAAGACCUCAAACCCAGAAAACAACCUGAGCUACUGGAACAAUGCAAUCACGAUGGAUUACUUCAACAGACAUGCCGUCGAGCUGCCCAGAGAAAUCACAUCUCUAGAAACUGCAGAGGACCAGGAGCCUUGCUCCCCUCCGAAUGGUGACUACACAGAGAGUGGGAUGGUCCUUGUCAACCCUUUCUGUCAGGAUACCCUUUUUACCAACACUGAACAAGUAUCUGAAAUAUAGUCUGCUGCAUUCAGAGAUGCUUACAUGUGUUUAAACGGCAUAUUCUUUGUGAAAUAAUGAGAAAAUUCCAGUUUUUUUCCCCUAAGGCUGUCUUUUUUAAAUAUAUGGGUACAACUUUUAAAGACUGUGCUUUAUAAAAAAGAAAAUAAUAAUAAUAAAAAUACAUAGAAACUAUUUAACUAUGAAGUCUGCCAGUGUAUUUUUCUGACUUAAAUGUUUUCUACAAUUGUGUAAUUGUAAUAUUAUCUGUUUUUUAAACUGCGUUCUUCUGUUCAAGUGGUGUGGUUAGUAAAUGUAGCGACUCUUGCAUUUGAUUUUGUCGUAGAAAAAUUACGUAACCCAAAACAAUUAUACUUUACUAAAAGCCUGUUGAAUUUGAAUUGUACUUGAAAAUGUACUUGAAAAGGGGGUCUUUGCUAUUCAUUCCUGCUCUUAAUUGUUUGCAGGUUGGAUGCUUAGUUUAGUAUGUAGUGGAGGGAUAAUAAUAUUUAGCUUGAUGCCUUUGUACCAUAUAGGCAGGGAUUUAAGAAUAUGUCUCAGGAUCUUGUGAUGGUCAGGUGUUCCUAAGAGAAGGCCAUUUAAAGGAAACCAGAGGACCACUUUAAUGUAACAGACUUUGUUUCACACUGAGAUGUAUUGUUCUUAUUGUAUAUGUGAUUUAUUUAGCUUGUUUGUUGUUACCAUGUUUUAGUUGAUUUUCUGCUACUGCCUUGAGGACCAAAUUCAGCUUAAAGGUCCUAUGUAGAGCGUUGAGUAUUAAUGUGUGUUUGAACCCCUGCAUAUAUAGCCCGUUCUGCAUUUAAGUGCCACUGAAAGAUAUCAUGUUUCUUGGAAAGAAAUUAUAAGAAUAACAUUACUUCUAUUAAAAAGAAACAAUCUGGUAUGUGACAGCUUGUUAAAUACUUGUAUGUCAGUGUAACUUUGACACCAAUUACAUGUUUGGGGGACAUUGACUGCAGAAUGGCUGGUAAAUUCAUGUACAAAAUGUGAUACUAUUCUUCUACAAGAAUUAAUUUACACGUUUUAUGCAAAAAGCAGGUGUGGGAAGGGGAUGAACUGUUGUAUACAGCAGCAAGAUUUUUUUUGUAUUGUAGUAUAUAUUCUGUAAUUUUUACUACCAAGCAAUAAAAAAAGUUUUAAAACUUU